AUGGUUCUGAAGCGGCUUGAGUCCCGACUAUGCCUCCUGCUGCUGCUGCUGCUGCUGGGACUUGUCCUAUUGGUUGUCUCAGUCCAGAUUCCACCCAAUUUAACCCCUUCCCAGUGGUUUGCAAUCCAGCAUCUAUAUAACAAGGCUUACCCUCGAUGCAAUGCCGCAAUGCGAGUAGUUAACAGUUAUACAGGAAGAUGCAAGAACAGAAAUACUUUCCUAUAUACAAGUUUCAUUGGUGUUGUUCAUGUGUGUGCCAAUCCAAAUACUGCCUGCAAUACCGGGCAUACAAAUUGUCAUAAUAGUUCAUCUCGGGUAUCUAUAACUUACUGUAACCUCACAACUCCAGCCAAAAAUUAUACCCAAUGCAGAUACCAAAUGACAGGAGGAAUGAAGUUCUACAGAGUUGCAUGUAACAACAGAACUCCACAGGACAACACGACCUACCCAGUGGUUCCGGUUCACUUGGAUGGGAUAUUUUAGUAGCUCCAGUGCCUGCGCUUGUCUGCUCAUGCCAUGAUCAUAGUGAUGAAAAACCAAUUCCUCUGUGUGCACUGCAUAUCAGCGCCUAUCCUCAUGAAACCUGCCCCCGGCUCCCUUCAAAUUAGCUGAACAGAUCUUUUCUACUCAAUAAACAUCUUUGCAUGCUCAUCUA